AUGUCUGAAGCACCUGCAGAGCGUCCUAACGCUUACUUUGACAUCACCAUCGGUGGCAAGCCCAUUGGGCGUAUCGUGUUCUCGCUGUACGCAGACUUAGUACCCAAGACAGCGGAAAACUUCCGUGCAUUAUGUACGGGUGAAAAGGGUAUCGGAAACUCUGGCAAACCCCUUUGCUAUGCCGGAUCUGGCCUUCAUCGCGUGAUCAAGGGUUUCAUGUGUCAAGGUGGUGACUUCACGGCAGGCAAUGGCACCGGAGGGGAAUCAAUUUACGGCGAGAAAUUCGAAGAUGAGGCGUUCCCCGUGAAGCACACGAAACCUUUCUUGUUGUCCAUGGCAAACGCGGGAAAAGAUACUAAUGGUUCGCAAUUCUUCAUCACCGUGAACCAAACACCCCAUCUUGAUGGCAAGCACGUGGUUUUCGGUGAAGUGAUCAAGGGCAAAUCAGUAGUCCGUGCAAUUGAAAACUUCCCUACUGCGUCAGGAGAUGUCCCAACUUCCCCCAUCAUUAUCUCCGCUUGUGGCGUUCUCUCACCGGAUGACCCCUCCCUCACGACUUCUGAGACAACUGUUGGUGACGACCACGAGGACUACCCUGAAGACGACGAUUCUGAUGUGCAGAACCCCGAAGUUGCGCUGGAUAUCGCACGUAAAAUCCGUGAGCUCGGUAACAAGCUCUUCAAGGAUGGGCAAAUAGAACUCGCACUCAAAACGUACCUCAAAUCGAUAAGGUACCUUGACGUGCAUCCCGUAUUACCGGAAAACUCUCCACCGGAGCUCAAGGACUCUUAUGAAUCACUUCUUGCACCCCUUCUAUUGAACUCGGCACUCGCUGCGCUACGCACGCAACCCGCAGCCGCUGAAACCGCGGUUAAGAAUGCAACGCGAGCUUUGGACCGUCUGCAGUUGAGCAACCCAGAUAAAGCCAAGGCUCUUUAUCGUAGGGCGUCAGCGCAAGUCAUUCUUAAGCAGGAAGAUGAAGCUGAAGCGGACCUUGUUGCUGCUAGUCAGCUUGCACCUGAAGACCCUGCGAUCCUGGGGGAGCUCGCGAAAGUGAGGCAGAAGAAGAAGGACAAAAGGGAGAGGGAGAAGAAGUCAUACAAGAAACUGUUCUCGUAG